ACAACGAAGAUUGAGGUCCGCAACCUCGGUGUCGUGAUAGGAUACAAUCACAACAGCUGCUUCGCGCAGCUCCAUUAUGGUGAUGUCGCACUGAUCGACGUUCGAGACUCAAACUGCAUGCGGGAGGAAAAGUGUAAGCAAAGUCUCAGAUGGUUCUGCGAGGAGGUGGAUUUCCUAGCAUGCGAGUUCAGAGCAAGAGAAAGCGCCGCGGCAGAGAUACUCAGGCAGAAGGCUGCAACAAACCUAAAGUCGAGGAUCGUGAAAUUAAAAGCAGGCAAGAGGAAACUGGUUACUGAGAAGAAGGUAGAGUGUGGUAAUGCGAAGAAGUGGAAAAGAUUGAGGCUGCCAUUGAGGCUGUGGAAUGAUGCGGUAGUCGAUGGGUGA